AUGGCACAUUUCAACGCAUUAGCUUCGUCCUGGUGGGACGUCAAUGGCCCCCAACGUAUUUUGCACAAGAUGAACUUGUUGAGAAUGGACUUCAUCUAUCAGACAGUGAGGAAUCAUUUGCGCUUGAAUCCUCCAGAAACGGCCGUAGAAGACGAGAUUUAUAUUCCUCCGUAUGGGGUUGACUUACUUCCAGAUGCUAUUAAAAAGAACAUCGUUGCAGAACAGGAACAGAGACGAGACGAAAUUCUCGAAAAUGCAAAAUUGACAGUCUUGGACGUUGGCUGUGGUGGAGGCAUAUUGUCUGAGUCAAUGGCCCGAUUGCACUUCAUAGACAGUGUAAAGGGAAUCGACUUGUCGGAAGACGUAUUGCAAGCGGCCAAAUUGCAUCGGGCCAAGGAUCCGAUGUUCGUAAAUGGCAAGUUGAGCUACCAGUUGAGGGCUAUCGAAGAUUUACCCACCACAGAGAAAUACGACAUCAUCACCAUGUUUGAGAUGUUGGAGCACGUAGAAUAUCCAUCCAAGGUGCUUUUGGCAGCAUUAGAACGAGUGGAAGUAGGUGGGUGGGUAUUUAUUUCCACCAUAAACCGAGACUUUAUCUCGUGGUUUACUACCAUCUUCAUGGGAGAACAUGUCUUGGGCAUUGUACCAGUCGGAACUCAUACCCUCGACAAGUACAUCAACCAGACAGAGAUUCGGGAGUGGUUUGAAAGUGAUCCGCAGAGAAAGGAAGCGUUUUCCGUUGUAGAUGCCAAGGGCUGCGUGUAUUUGCCAGCAUAUGGCUGGAAGUUCACUUCCACGCCAGAUGUGGGAAACUACUUCAUGGCAAUUCGGAGAAUGAAGUAA